GGGGGCUGCAGAGGUGGGGGGAGUGAUUUGAACACCGGGUUAGGAGGGGCCCUGGCAUGAAGGCACAGAGACGGGAGUGAUUCUGGCUGGGGCAGGUGGCUGAGCGGGCCCAGUGGAGGGGAUAGUGGGCGAGCAAAGCUUGGGGCUUCUUGGUUUUUAAUUUUGAUGUUUUUAAUCCUCAGUGCUGGUACUUCACGCACAUGCCCUCUGGACUUGCCCCUCCAUUGCUGAGCUCAGGAAAGUGACAAGGCCCCUGUUCCCCAGCCCGGAGGCAGCCAUGGCUGCAGAGAGCCCCAUGCAAAGUCUCUGGGAGGAAGCGCCGCGUCCCGUCUGUCUGGAGGAUUUCACAGCCCCAGUCACUCUAGAGUGCGGGCACAAUUUCUGCCAGGCCCCCCUCAGCCCUCAGGGCAGAGACACUGAGCAGCAGGGACCCCUCCGUUCCAAUCUGCAGCUGGCAAAUGUGGUGGAACUAGCCAAGCCCCUGAGUUUCCAGGCAGCAAAGAAAGCAAGAUGGGAUGGGGUGUGCAGGGAGCAACAGGAGGCUCUGAAGCUGUUCUGUGAAGAUCAAACUCCAAUCUGUGUGGUGUAUGACAGAUCCCAGGAUCACACAGUGGUGCCUGUACAGGAAGCUGCCCAGGAGUACAAGGAAAAAUUGGAGGCCCAUUUGAAGACUCUGAGGGAAGAGAGAGAAAAGGUGCUGGGAAGGAAAACAACAGCAGAAGGGAAAAGCCAGGAGUAUCUGAAAUGGACCCAAGUGGAGAGGCAGAUAAUUGUGGCCAAGUUUCAGCAGUGGCAGUUCCUGGAGGAACAAGAGCAACUCCUCCUAGUCCAGCUGAAGAAGCUGGAUGAGGAGAUUGGGAGGCUCCAGACUGACACUGUCUGGAAACUCUCUGUGCAGAUUUCCCGUAUCAGUGAGCUGAUUGGUGAGCUGGAGGGGAAGUGUCAGAAGCCAGCAAAUGAAUUCCUGCAGGAUGUAAGAAGCACCCUGAGUAGGUGUGAGAUGGAGCAAUUCCAGCUGUCAGAGGAGAUUUCCCCUGAACUGGAAGAACAAGUCAGAGGUUUCUCCCAGAAAACGAUUGAGCUGUUGGAGACUUUGAGGGAGUUCAAAGACACUCUGCCCUCUGCACUAGAGAGAGCAAGAAGAAAAUCCCUGGGAGCUUACAGACAGGGCUGCGGAACACCCAUGUCUGUCUCCAGCUCAGCCCCUGGCCUGCAAAGCCAGGAACAGGAAAUGGCCAUGAUGGAGCUGGUGAGCUUCGAGGAGGUGGCUGUGUAUUUCUCUGAGGAAGAAUGGGCUCUGCUAGACCCGGGCCAGAGAGCCCUCUACGGGGAUGUGAUGCAGGAGAAUUAUGAGGCUGUGAACUGGCUGAGAUUUCCAGUCUCCGAAACUGAUGUGAUCUCCUGGGUGGAGCGGGAGGAGGAGUUGCGGGUCCCAGAUCCCCAGAGCUGUGAGGAAGGGGAGAUCAUCUGCAACACCCACACAGGGGAUGGGACGCUGACUGAGAACCAUGAAAAGAGUCUUCAGCAAGACGGACUGGAGCAAGUGUCUCCAUGUAGGAUGUUAUUGGGAAGAUCUGAAGGGUAUGUUUUCCAGAUACGUGAGCAAGGAGAGAGCUGUGAGAGUCAGCAUAGCCCAGAAAGACAGCAGGGAAACCAUCCAGCAGAGGGACAGUGUUACUCCAGUGACAGGAGCAGAAGGGAGAAAAGAAACACAGAAACCGUUCAACAGGAAAUCCCCCAUCAAGAAUCACCCUGCACUUGUAGUGACUGUGAAACUCUUCUUGAACAUCAAAGAGCCCACACAGGAGAGAAGCCCUUCAAGUGCUCUGACUCUGAGAAAACCAUCAGUGAACACUCACACUUUAUGAACCAUCAGAAAAUACAUACAAGAGACACACCCCAUAACUGCUCUGACUGUGGGAAAAGCUUCAGUAGCAGCUCAUACCUUGUUACACAUAGGAAGACCCACACAGGAGAGAAACCUUUCAUUUGCUCUCACUGUGGGAAAAGCUGUACAGGGAGCUCAGACCUUGUUCACCAUAGGAGAACCCACACAGAGGAAAAACCCAUCAGUUGCUCUGACUGUGGGAAAACCUUCCAUCAGAAGUCACAUCUUGUUAAACACAGGAGGAUCCACACAGGGGAAAAACCCUUCUACUGCUCUGACUGUGGGAAAAGCUUCAGUAGCAGCUCAGACCUUGUUAGACAUAGGAUGACCCACACAGGAGAGAAACCCUUCACCUGCUCUGACUGUGGGAAAAGCUUCAGUAGCAGCUCAGACCUUGUUAGACAUAGGAUGACCCACACAGGAGAGAAACCCUUCACCUGCUCUGACUGUGGGAAAAGCUUCAGUAGCAGCUCAGACCUUGUUAGACAUAGGAUGACCCACACAGGAGAGAAACCCUUUACCUGCUCUGACUGUGAGAAAAGUUUCAAUAGAAGCUCACACCUUGUUAUACAUAGGAUGAUUCACACAGGAGAGAAACCUUUCAAUUGCUCUGUCUGUAGGAAAAGCUUCAGUCAGAAGUCAAACCUUGUUAUCCAUUGGAGAACUCACACAGGAGAGAAACCUUUCAAUUGCUCUGACUGCGGGAAAAACUUCAGUAGCAGCUCCCACCUUGUUACCCAUAGGAGGAGCCACACCGGGGAGAAACCCUUCAGCUGCUCUGACUGCGGGAAAAGGUUCAGUCAGAGCUCAAGCCUUGUUACGCAUAGGAGGACCCAUACAGGAGAGAAACCUUUCAAUUGUCCUGACUGUGGGAAAAGCUUCAGUCAGUGCUCCUGUGUUACCAGCCAUCAGAUAAUACAUUGCAGAAAAAGCUUCAAACACAGGUCAGAUUUUGUUAAACAUAAGACAACUCAGAGAGAGGAGAGAACUAUUCAGCUGUUCUGACUGUGAGGAAAGCUUUAGUCAGAGCUCAAAUCCUGUUAGCCUUCAGAGGACCCGCAGAGGGGAGAAACCUAUAACCUGAGUUCCUUUUAAACUGUCUGGUCAGGUGGCUAUUAAAUGCCAUGCAAACUUAUAGGGCUUUGGUGGGGAGAGAUACCUCUACCCACUGGUCUCAACCCUGGCCCAGACGUGUCUCCCAGGCAAGAGGUGUAUCUUCCUUCUUCCCCUUCACAGUAGCACCUAAGCUUGGGGAGCGAGAGCUUGUGGGAUUCUUCUGUCCUCAAUGUAGCCUUUCAAUGACUUACAUGUCAGUCCCCUCCAUCUUUGAGAUAACACCCCCAGCUGGAGCCCUCAACCAGUAUUCCCUCUAAGAUUUUCCAUCCACGAGUGGAGCGAGUUUUUUUCUUGAGCACAAAGAGUGACAUUCUGUGCACUUGUUCAGAUGUGUGCCACUGUGGCACACGAGAGUUACUGAGAAUUUUUGCAUACACACACACACACAUGCAAUUUAAAUUUUUAUGGAAGAAAAAUACUAAAACAAAGGAUAAUUAACAAGGUGCAUGACCUUGCACACACUCACCCUGAAAACUUCCCAGCUUGGCACCUAGUCUCAUUCCCACCCAGCCUUGCUCCACUGGUCCUGCAUCCAUGAGUUUCCCCCAUCUGCUGCACCCCCCAUCCUGUGCACCCUUUGCUACCAACCCUGUAUUGUGCCCUCUUUGCCCCUAACUUCUGCAGUGUCCCCAUCAUCCCAACCCCUGCACUUUCUUCCCAGUGUAAUCUAGUGAAAGUACUAAUUUGUAAAGCAUAAAAAGUGAAUGUACCAUCCCUCGCCAUUGACUCUAAAGCUCAUUCUGCAGUUGCAAGUUAAUGACAUUCAGAAGGUGAAUUUAGGGAUAUCACCAGAAAAUUUCAUCUAGCUCUUUUUCUUUACAUUACUACACUAUAUAUAGGACGUAUAACCAAUAAUUAGAUUAUUUCUUAUAGUAUCUGCAUGCUUUAGACCCCGUCAGUCAUAGAAAAGUCCUUUUAAUAUGUCAUCAUUGGUUGCAUAUUGAUUUACCAUGAAUAGAAAAUAAUCAACAUUAAUUAAAAAUGUUUUAGUUGCUUCUACACAGUGUGUGGGAGAGAGUGAGAUUGAGAGAAAUAACUUCCGCAGGGAGAAAAAUAGUUAUUGGCACAAUCAGCACUAUUGAUGUGAUUGAUGCCUUUACAAGUAACAAGGCUACAGAGGAUCAGAGA